AUGGCUAACGAAAAUGCCCAAACUGAAGCUGCUCCUUCCCUCAAACUGGCCAUUCUCCUUCACUCUCCAUACUUUCUCCAUGCAUCCGACCAGCCAAGCACACCUCUUGUUACCCCCCUUCUCAAUGGGGACAACUUUCCGACCUGGCAUCGCGCCAUGUUAAUGGCCCUUGAAGCAAAGAACAAGUUGCAGUUCAUCGACAGAUCUUUGCUCAAACCAGAUUCCACUUCAACCGAUCUACCCCAUUGGAUACGCUGCAAUAGCAUGGUGCGUUCUUGGAUUGUCCAUUCCAUUAUACCCACCAUAGCUCACAGCAUACUUUGGAUCGACUCUGCCAGAGAUGCCUGGCUUGACUUGCACACCCGCUUUUCACAGCAAAAUGCACCACGGAUAUUCAAAAUCCGUCGCUCUAUUGCAACCUUACAACAAGGUCUUGAAUCGAUUUUGGCAUACUACACCAAGUUGACGGGCUUGUGCGAUGAACUCUCCUCAUAUCGCACUUUGCCUGCCGGCACUUGUGGCUCGGCCACCACCAUUCAGGGGUAUUAUGACUCCGAUAUAUUGAUGGAUUUUCUCCAAGGUCUUCACGACUCUUAUACUGCUGUCAGUAGCCAGAUCCUCCUAAUGGAUCCCUUGCCAUCCAUUUCCAGGGCUUAUUCCCUUCUCUUGCAAGAGGAACGUCAACAUUCGCUUCAUUCUUCACAAACACCACCAAUUGACCAUGCCGCCAUGGCACUAGACCAUUCCAAAGUACCUGGACAGCGCCCAAAACCCUUUUAUCACGGUGUUUUUUAUGGCAAAGAUGGCCACUCCGAGGCCCGAUGCUUCAAAAAGCAUGGCUUCCCGGACAACAAGAACCCGCGAAAUAAUUCUAAGGGCACUUUCACACCUCGCGGCAAUACUGCCUCACAAUUUAGUCCCACAUCGCCUGUCGAGGAUAGCACUCUGUGCUUAUAUGUGGUUGCCAACCUUCCCCUGGUAGACGCAUUUUCCAGGUGCGCUGGCGCGACUCGCAUUGGUAUCAGAGCCAGCGCUCGUGGGGGGUGUACGGGGCUGUCUCGUGCGGAAUGA